ACGAAUCAUUUCUCACUGGGAACAUUGGUCGAUCUAUCGUUCAGUUACAAACUGAGUUACUGGAAGAGACGCGGCGUCGAGUUCCUACCUCCGAACCUGAUCUUCGGCAACUUCAAGGAUGCUGUGCUCUUCCGUUCCGCACCAGGGUGGCACCUCGGUGACCUACACAAGAUGGCCCGUCCGGACGCUCCUUUCGUCGGCUUCUACAUCUUCCAUAAGCCGUGUCUGCUGCUACGCGAUCCAGAUGUCAUUAAGCAUUUCAUGAUCCGCGACUUUGACAAUUUCUGCGACCGCCACUUUGCCGGUUCCACCCAAAGGGAUAGUAUCGGUAUGAAGAACCUGUUCGGUCUGAAGAACCCGGCUUGGAAAUAUCUGCGAUCCAAGAUCACGCCUACCCUGACGAGGGGCAAGUUGAAGCAGAUGUUGCCGCUGAUGAUGGAGAUCGCAGAACCUAUGAUGAGUUAUAUAAAAGACCACCCGGCGAAUCAAGACAAUGUGAGAAUAUUGGAUGCCCAAGAUCUUAAUUACAAGUACACGACUGAUCUAAUCGCUUCCGUCGCGCUCGGCACUAAGAUAGAUUCCUUCUACAAUCCGAACGAGGAGUUCUCACUCGCAGUUGGGGAGUCCUUUUAUGGAUUCAAGAGGAUGGUUGCCCUCCUAGCAGUGUUCUUCAUGCCCGAACUGGUGGAAGUGAUUGGUACAAAGAUACUUUGCACCUCUACUUUCGUGAGGAAAGUUUUCUGGAAUGCGAUGGAGAGCCGUGAAAAGUCCGGCAAGAAACGGGGCGAUUUCAUUGAUUCGCUGAUCCAAAUAAAAAAGGGCGAGCAGGAUCCCGUUUAUAAAUUCGAGGGUGAGAAUCUGCUAUAUCAGUCCGGCACAUUUUUUUCCGGCUUUGAAUCGAGCUCUACAUGCACUGCUUUUACCCUGAUGGAACUGGCGAAGCAUCCAGAGUAUCAGGAGCUAGCCAGGAAUGACAUUAAUAACGCGAUCGAGAAGUACGGCUGGACAUACGAGGCGUUUCAGGAAAUGAAAUAUCUCGAACAAAUUAUACUGGAAAGUCUGAGACUGCAUCCACCCGUGUCUACCGUCGACAGAUACACUCGUGAGGAUUACCAGAUACCUAAUACCGAUGUUAUCAUCGAGAAAGGUACGCCAAUAUAUAUCUCCUUGUACGGACUUGGUACGGAUCCCAAAUUCUGGGAUGAACCGCAAGUAUUCAACCCGAACAGAUUCGCCAAAGGCAGCCAAAUUCCCGAUGCCUAUAUGACAUUCGGGAUUGGUCCUAGGAUGUGUGUAGGAAUGAAAGUGGGUCAAUUACACGCUAAAGUUGUUAUAACAAUAUUGCUGAGAGAUUACAAGAUUUGGCAGACCAAAGAGCAUACAAGUUAUCUGGAUCCGCGUUCGACCGUCACAGCUGCGGGCAACGGAAUUAAUUUGCACUUUAAAAAAAUAUGAUAACUUGCAUAUAUAUGUAUAUAAUAGCAAUUACUCCAAUUGUAUUCUAUAUAUAUUUCUUCAUUAGGACAAUAUUAUUGAUAGUCGCGACUGAUAGAAUCCAAGUCCAAAGAGUUCAAAUAACGGUUGACUUUCGUAAUUUAGUUUUACACAAAGACGGAAGGAUUUCGUUUAAGUCUGCAUAAUGAAACUUUGAUGUCAAGCAUAACGACUGAUCUCUUUCGCAAGGUCAUAUCUUUAUUUUAAACAAUUUUCGGCAUUUUUGUGUUUAAAUUCUCAUUCUGGUCCAGAAUAAGCGUUUAAGCACAAAACCCAGAAAUUGCGUAAAAUCAAGAUACGACCCUGCGAAAAAGAUCAGUCGAUAUAUUUUAAAAAUUCCAAAUGACAACUUGAUAUUUCUAAUAUUUAUAUAGAUCUACUGGUAUAUAUAAAAUAAGUACGAAAUCUACUUUGAAUAUAGCCGAUAAUGAACUUAUUUAUAUAAUAAACUUAAAUUAUUUACAAAAUGUCAACGAAACACCGUUAAACAAUAUUCUUGAUCGUUCGCUCAACUAAUAAUAUCUUUGUGAAUAGUUAAGUAUUAUUAAUGUUUACUUAUCAUUAUUAGUUCGUUGAGAAUAGUCAUUUUUCCGGCGAUUUUGCACACUUUUACCCAGCGAGAAACGACUCGUCGAUCGAUGUCGAAUCGACGUCAAUUUGUUGACAAACAUUUCUCACUGGGUUUGGUCUCGAGAAAGCUCAUUAACUCAUGAUUUUAUAUAUUAUAUCUAUACAGGGUGUCCCAUUAUAAUCGAUCACCCCUCGUAACUUAUUGUUA